AUGAGCCAGGCAGGCAAGAGCGAGGGCCUCGAUAUCAGCAUCACCAUGGACAACCAGCUCCUAGAGCAGCUCUUCAUCUCCCGAAUCGGCUCCAAAAAGACAAGCGGCGGCAGCAGCAACAAUGAAUUCUUGGUCACGCCGUGGCAUCCUCACCAGAGUCUGACGUUAGCGAUUGAAGCCGACGCCAAAGUCGACGAGAGCGACAAGCUCAAGGAGCUCGAGAAGAACUUUGACAAGUGCUAG